AUGUUCCUGACGCUGAGGACAAGGUUCCUGACGGUGAGCACAAGGUUCCUGACAUGCAUUGAGGAGAAGGUUCCUGACGCUGAGGACAAGGUUCUUGACAGUGAGGACAAGGUUCCUGACGCUGAGGAGAAGGUCCCUGACGGUGAGGUCAAGGUUCCUGACGGUGAGGACAAGGUUCCUGACGCGGAGGACAAGGUUCCUGACAGUGAGGACAAGGUUCUUCACGGUGACGACAAGAUUCCUGACGGUGAGGACAAGGUUCCUGACAUUAACGACAACGUUCCUGACAGUGAGGACAGGGUUCCUGACGCUGAGGACAAAGUUCCUGACAUUGAUGACAAGGUUCCUGACGGUGAGGACAAGGUUCCUGACGGCGAGGACAAGGUUCCUGACGCUGAGUACAAGGUCUCUGACGCUGAGGAGAAGGUUCCUGACGGUGAGGACAAGGUUCUUGACGGUGAGGACAAGGUUCCUGACGGCGAGGACAAGGUUCCUGACAUUGAGGACAAGGUUGCUGACGCUGAAGACAAGGUUACUGACGGUGAGGACAAGGUUCCUGACGGUGAGGACAAGGUUCUUGACGGUGAGGACAAAGUUCCUGACGGUGAGGACAAGGUUCCUGACAUUGAGGACAAGGUUCCUGACGCUGAGGACAAGGUUCCUGACUGUGAGGACAAGGUUCCUGACGGUGAGGACAAGGUUCCUGACGGCGAGGACAAGGUUCCUGACAUUGAGGACAAGGUUCCUGACGGUGAGAACAAGGUUCCUGACGCUGAGGAGAAGGUUCCUGAAGGUGAGGACAAGGUUCCUGACGGUGAGGACAAGGUUCCUGACAUGCAUUGAGGAGAAGGUUUCUGACGGUGAGGACAAGGUUCUUGACAGUGAGGACAAGGUUUCUGACGCUGAGGAGAAGGUUCCCGACGGUGAGGACAUGGUUCCUGACGGUGAGGACAAGGUUCCUGACAUUAACGACAAGGUUCCUGACAGUGAGGACAGGGUUCCUGACGCUGAGGACAAAGUUCCUGACGCUGAGUACAAGGUUUCUGACGGUGAGCACAAGGUUCCUGACAUUGAGGACAAGGUUCCUGACGCUGAGGACAAGGUUCCUGACGCUGAGGACAAGGUUAAUGACGGUGAGGACAAGGUUCCUGACGGUGAGGACAAGGUUCCUGAUGGUGAGGACAAGGUUCCUGACGGUGAGGACAAGGUUUCUGACGCUGAGGAGAAGGUUCCUGACAGUGAGGACAGGGUUCUUGACGGAGAGGACAAGGUUCCUGACGGUGAGGACAAGGUUCCUACAUUAACGACAAGGUUCCUGACAGUGAGGACAGGGUUCCUGACGCUGAGGACAAAGUUCCUGACAUUGAUAAGAAGGUUCCUGACGGUGAGGACCAGGUUCCCGACGGUGAGGAGAAGGUUCCUGACGCUGAGUACAAGGUUUCUGACAGUGAGGAGAAGGUCCCUGACGGUGAGGAAUAGGUUCCUAACGCUGAGGACAAGGUUCCUGACGCCGAGGACAAUGUUCUUGACGCUGAGGACAAGGUUCCUGACGGUGAGGAAAAGGUUCCUGACAUGCAUUGAGGAGAAGGUUCCUGACCCUGAGGACAAGGUUCCUGACGCGGAGGACAAGGUUCCUGACAGUGAGGAAAAGGUUGUUCACGGAGACGACAAGAUUCCUGACGGUGAGGACAAGGUUCCUGACAUUAACGACAAGGUUCCUGACAGUGAGGACAGGGUUCCUGACGAUGAGGAAAAAGUUCCUGACAUUGAUGACAAGUUUCCUGACGGUGAGGACAAGAUUCCUGACGUUGAGGACAAGGUUCCUGACGCUGAGGACAAGGUUCCUGGCGGUGAGCACAAGGUUCUUCACGGUGACGACAAGAUUCCUGACGGUGAGGACAGGCUUCCUGACGCUGAGGACAAAGUUCCUGACAUUGAUGACAAGGUUCCUGACGGUGAGGACCAGGUUCCUGACGGUGAGGAGAAGGUUCAUGACGCUGAGUACAAGCUUUCUGACAGUGAGGAGAAGGUCCCUGACGGUGAGGACUAG